UCUACAUAGAAGACAGGAACGUUGAGCAGGUCACGUCAAUCAAGUGUAUUCAUCUGCACACACAACCAGAUCGCCCUACCGUUAAUAAAUUUCCGAAAAACUGGGAUUACGACACCCGCAAACAAGACAUGCUGACUAAACUGUAGGUCUGAUAACUGGGUGUAGAGCUUGUCGCGUGACAGCAUUGGCCGAACGCUGACGAAAUGGAGGAAUUACGGGUUGUACUACUGGGCAAGACCGGAUCUGGAAAAAGUUCUCUAGGAAACACACUGCUGGGUCGUCAAGCGUUUGCUCCUGCCAGAGGUGUGAGCUCCGGUACAGUAAAAUGUCAGUGGGCUGAAGCUACAGUAGAUGGAAUUACCCUGAGUGUGACAGACACACCUGGACUGUGUGACACUCAUCGCAGCGAGGAAGACGUUCUGCUUGAAGUCGGCAAGUCCGUGGCUGUGGCCUGUCCAGGGCCUCACGUUGUCAUCAUCGUCCUUAAAGGCAAUGAACGCUUUACCAAGGAGGAGUAUGAAGCUGUGAAGACACUACAGGCUUUGUUUGGUGAGUGUGUCCGCCGCCACCUCAUGAUCGUCUUCACUGGCGGCGAUGGGCUUGCAGACGACAUCAAUGGCAUGCAGGUGGCUCUAAAAGAACAAUUAAGUAAAGCUCCGGAAAAUCUGAAGGAAGUUGUGCGUGAUGCCAACAACCGUUACUGCAUUGUAUCCAACACUGGGACGUUUGAGACGAGACGAGAACACGCAAAGGUCGUGUUAAGUAAGAUUCAAGAUGUGGUGAGAAGAAACAACGGGGAGUAUUUCACGAACAAGAUGCUUGCUGAGUACAACAAGAAAGUGCAGUCAAUUAUUGCUCGCCGCAAGAGAGCUCAGCAUCUGUCAGACAAUGAGGCUGUCAGAGAAACUAGACAAGCGAUUGUUGAGGAGACGGAGGAGCCCGGAUUCUUCAGUACACUGAAGGACAUAGCAAAGAACUACAUACUCCCUAUCUUGCCCACCGUCCUCGGUGUGGGAAUAUCUAUCGCAGGAGCCUUGACUAACAAGUGUUCUGUGAUGUAGAAGUCACAAAGAAAGAACCAUUUGUAGGGUGUAGUUUCCAUAGCUAUAAAGAAAACACACUAAUAAAUUGUACUUUCAUGGCCGAACUAAUAAAUGUAGGGAAACAAAUCACGAGACGCUUCAAAAGAUUAACCCAUUGUCUAUAUUAAAAACUAUAUUGAAAGAUUGCAAUUUCUCAGUCAAUAUUCAUUUGUUGCGAACGCACCUAAAAUGGUAGCAGGCAGCGGUUGAAUUGUCGCCUCCAUUAGCUGAUCAGCACAAAAACUUACAAACAAACAUAAUGGACACCUUAUCUUGCUAUAAAAUUAAUGUUUGGUAGAGUUAAGGAAUUGUGAGUUAAAGAUCUUCCUCAAUGGUCACGUGGUGUGUGCACUUUUAUGCGCAAUGUCAGACUGACAGUUUGUUACAGGGUCUGAUGGAAAAUACAGGAGGUCUACCUUUUGCUCAAGGUGGAUGGUACAGUUAAUGAUGUAGUCUCUGAAUAGGUAUUAAUUGACUUGAAUAAUUAUGCCCCCAUUUUAGCCUCAAAUAAAAAUGUAGUCAUACAGAGUAACUGAACUCUUUACGAUUUUUUCCUAAGAACUUGUAACAAUCGUUUCAAAAACGUUUGCAGAUGUAGAUAAAGAAAUAACUAAUAGUUUCUUCAUAAAAAUGUUUCUAAUUAUUAUACAUUGUAAAGUUUCAUUAGGUUACAAAAACCCUAAUCUUUUGUUUAUUUGGAUGCAUUGAGAGUCAUAAAGGUCGAGUUUGAUUUCUUUACCUUAAGGUUGUGAUUAAA